AUGAAUUUCGGCUCGGACCCCCACUACCUGGCCUCGUCCUACCGGAAGAUCUUCGGCGAGGCGCCGCGCUUCUCGUCCCGCGCGGGCAGCUCGGCGGUGAGCAGCGGCGGCGGCGGCAGCUACCGCUCGCUCUCGGCGUCGCGCAGCAGCCAUGCGGCCUCGUACCGGCUGGCGCCGGCGGAGAGCCUCGACCUGAGCCAGGCGGCGGCGCUGGGCGGCGAGUUCCGCGUGAGCCGCACGAGCGAGAAGGAGCAGCUGCAGGGCCUCAACGACCGCUUCGCCGGCUACAUCGAGAAGGUGCGCCAGCUGGAGCAGCACAACCGCCUGCUGGAGGCCGAGCUGGGCGCGCUGCGGCAGCGCCACGCCGAGCCCAGCCGCCUGGCCGAGCUCUGCGAGGGCGAGCGGCGCGAGCUGCGCGCCCGCCUCGACGACAGCGAGGCGGCGCGGGAGCGGCUGGCGCUGGAGCGCGAGCGGCUGGCCGAGGAGGCGCAGCGCCUGCGCGCGCGCUGCGAGGAGGAGGCGGCCGGGCGGGCCGAGGCGGAGCAGGCCCUGCGCGCCCAGCAGCGCGAGGCGGACGGCGCCGGCCUGGCGCGCCUGGCGCUCGAGAAGAAGGUGGAGGCGCUGCUGGACGAGCUGGCCUUCGUGCGCCAGGCGCACGCCGAGGAGCUGGCCGAGCUGAGCGCCGCGCUGCAGGCGCCGCCGCCGCCCGCCGAGCCCGAGCCCGGCGCCAGGGCCGACCUGACGGCGGCGCUCAAGGAGCUGCGCGCGCAGUACGAGGGGCUGGCCGCCAAGAACCUGCAGGCGGCCGACGAGUGGUACCGCGCCAAGGUCGCCAACCUCAGCCAGCAGGCGGCGCGCAGCAGCGAGGCCGUCCGCGCCAGCCGCGAGGAGGUGGGCGAGUACCGCCGCCAGCUGCAGGCCCGCACCCUCGAGGCGGAGAGCCUGCGCGGCGCCAACGAGGCCCUCGAGCGGCAGCUGCGCGACGGCGAGGAGCGCCACCACGCCGACGCCCUCGCCUUCCAGGACACAAUCAGCCAGCUGGAAAGUGAUCUGAGAGAAACUAAGAGUGAAAUGGCUCGGCAUCUGAGGGAAUACCAAGACUUGCUCAAUGUUAAGAUGGCUUUGGAUAUAGAGAUAGCCGCAUACAGGAAACUGCUGGAAGGUGAGGAGACUCGUUUUAGCACCUCAAGCAUCAGCAUCUCAUCUCUAAACCCUCUUUCCAAUCCAAGCUAUUCCUUUCAGCCCCGGCUCUACAGUUCAUCUGUGACCAGCAGCUCCAAAAUAUCCCCCACUCUUUCUUUUAAGAAAGAGGAGAAAGAAGAGGCUACUAAGUUGGCCUCAAAAAUCUCGUCAAGUCAGGUAGGGGAAGCCUUUGCUGAAAUGAUCGAGGAGACCAUAACAUCCACUAAGAAAACAGAGCGAACAAACCUGGAGGAGGGGAGCAUUGCAAACCAAAAAAUCUAACUCUCUUAGCCUUGAGGAUAAUUACACUUUAAGGGGGAACAA